AUGUUGGGCGCUCCCACCAUGCUUCUCCGACCCAUCAUCCUCGUCGCGGCGUUGGCCCGGGCCGUCGAGCUCGACUGGAUCGCGCAGUUCUCCGUUGAGGACAAGACUUUUACCGCGGCCGGCGACGUCGUCUUCAGCUGGACGGGGACGGGUGGGCACAACGUCGAGAAGAUGGCGAGCUUCGACGCCUGGGAGAGCUGUGACUUCUCCGGCGCGACCCUCGUCGGCGAGUCGAGCGGCGCGACGGCGUCGGGCGACGACGGGGAGACGGCCUACUACGCCUGCUCCGUGAGCUCGCACUGCGACUGGGGGCAGAAGGUCGCCGUGACGUUCGAGGCGCCUCCCGGCGUCCCGAGCGCCGCGCCGACGAGCGCCGCGCCCUCGGGCGCCCCGACGACGGCCGUUCCGAGCGGCGCGCCGUCGACGCCGCCGACGACGGCGGGCCCGAGCGCCGGGCCGUCCGCGUCGCCGUCUUCGCCCGCGCCGUCGGCGUCGCCGUCGUCGCCCGCGCCGUCGGCGCCGCCGUCGUCGCGCGCGCCGUCCGAGGCGCCGACCGCGGGCCCGACCCCGGCGUACCCGGAGCCGACGUCGACGACCUACGCGCCGUCGGCCGCGCCCUCCGCCGAGCCGUCCGGGCACCCGUCGCCCUCGCCGUCGUCCGCGGCGCCGACGCCCGAGGAGCCGGCGCCGACGGCGUACGCGCAGCCGGCGCCGACGGCGUACGCGCCGUCGGCCGCGCCGGCGCCCGAGCCGACGGCCGCGACGACGCCCGCGCCGACGGCCGAGCCCGCGGGGACGCCGACGCUCUACGCGCCGUCGCCGCGGCCGACGUCCGAGGCGCCGUCGCUCGCGCCGUCCUACGCGCCGUCGGCGCCGUCCGCGCCGCCGUCGCCCGCGCCGUCGCACGAGUACCCGCCGACCGCGCCCCCGACGACGUUCUACCGGCCGUCACCGGGGCCCACGGUCUACAGGCCGAGCGGCGCGCCGACGGCGCCGCCGACGGCGGCGACGUGGCACAAGGCGAACAGCCCCUGGAAGGACUGCGCCUGGGUCGCCGCGUACCCGCCGCGCUGCGACGCGCUCGGCGAGGACGGCACGCUCGCCUACGCGUCCUGCGGCGUCGAGGCCUGCGGCGGCACGACGCCGCCGUCGCAAGCGCCCACGAAGACCUACGUGCCGCCCACGGCCGCGCCGUCCGCGGCGCCCGUCGUCCUCGACUGGGUCGCGCAGUUCUCGGUCUCGGACAAAACGACGGCCGUCGACGCGCACCGGCGCCUCGUCUUCGCGUGGACCGGCGACCACAACGUCGAGCAGAUGGCGAGCCGCGACCACUGGGAGGCCUGCGACUUCGCCGGCGCCCGGCUCGUGUCGAACGCGUCCGGCGCGGUCGCCGCGGGCGCGGCGGGCUCGACGUCGUUCUACGCGUGCUCCGUGGGCAAGCACUGCACCUUCGGCCAGAAGGUCGCCGUCGACUGGACCCAGCCCGUGCCCGCGCCGACGGCCUGCGCCGACCGCGACGACUGGUACAAGAAGGCCCAGCCCUGGAAGGACUGCCCCUGGGUCGCCGCGCUCCUGCCCUCGCGCUGCGAGGCCAAGGGCGACGACGACACCUACGCCUGGGAGGCGUGCCGCGUCACCUGCGGCUGCACGGCGCCGCCGUCCCGGGCGCCGACGCCCGCGCGCCCGCCCGCGACGCCGGCGCCGACGCCGCGGCCCGCGCGCGUCUUCGCGCCGGGCGCCAAGACGCCGGAGCCGUCGCUCUGGCCGACCUACGGCGCCGUCGAGGUCGACUCCGUCGACGCCGAGGUCACGUACCGCGGCAACGUGAACAAGAAGGCCGCGCCGCGCGCCGAGGUCGAGGGCGCGUACCUCGGGUCCUUCUUCGGCGUCUGCGUCCUCCUGCUCGUCGCCGUGCGGCUGCUGGGCCUGCACGCGCGGCGGCGCAACUUCGUCGACCGGGAGGCGCCGCCGCCGAAGCGCGACAGCGACCCGGCGACGCCGGCCAAGGCCGUCGCGUGCGCCGUGGGCACGUCGACGUCGCCCGCGGACCGCAAGGCCGCGGCGCUCCAGUCGCUCAACGACUGGCGCGACGACGGCUCGGGCUCCCUGGGCCUGCCGCCGCCGCCCGAGGCGGCGCCCCUGACGCCCGACGACGACGUCUUCCAGCUCGACAUGACGAUCGCCGACGACGACGACGCCGUCGACGAGGACGUGCUCGGCGGCUUCGACCAGUCGUCGCCGGCCUCGAGCCCGCGGAACCCCGUCGCCCAGGCGCGCGUCGCGCGGCCCGCCCCGCGCUUCGACGACGACCUCGACGACGGCGCGGGCGACCACGACCUCCUCGACCUCGGCAAGGCCGACGCGCCCGCGGCGACGCCGCCCCCGGGCCUCGCGCCCAUCUCCCUCGACGACCUGCCCAAGUUCGACGCCAGCGAGCCCCUCCGCGCGCCCGACUCGCCCUUCGACGACGACGGGCCCACCGCGAGCAUCCGCGGCUCCAUGACCGCGUUCGAGCGCCACAUCGCCGCGAGCUCCCCGAAGAACAAGAACCUCGCGUGA